UUAUAGAAUAAAUAAAGUUAGAUCAAGAAAUUUUUCAUAUCAGACUAUUAUAGGAUAUAGCUGCCAUACAAGCAGACCAAUCAAAACCCAGUUCUUGCAUGAAAAACUUUUUAUUUAACGAGAUAGCUUCAUGAAAUUUAGCAUGAUUUAUCUUCCAAGCAACGGAUUGUUGGGAUCGAACCACUAUGGCAUAUAGCUGAUAUGCAAACUAAAAGAUCCACGUUCUUGUAUCAAAAUUGCAUUUCUUUACUCUUUCUAAUCAUUUUUCAAAAGUAUUUGUUUAAAUAUCGUAAUAUGAAAAAAUAUAAAAUACGCUUCAGCCUCUAAGGUGAAAAUUUAUUUCAUUUUUUGAACACACCAUUUUAAAAAACGGAACGUCGUUUUUCGACAUUCUACGACGAUUUUAUAAACAAAAGAAAAACAAUAUCUUUCAAACAAAAAAAAAACAGCAAAUUAUUAAGCAAUUUUAAAUUUGAAUUGAGUGAAGCUCAUCGACAGCGUAUUUUGGCAUUAAUUUAUUUCAAAAGUGCUCAUUUGCUUUAUUCAAUAGAUGACUGUGCCGUUUUCCUUAACGUUAAAUGAUGGCAACAAAAUGCCAUCAAUCGGAGUUAACACGUGGAAUCUUGAUAUCGAGGAUUUGGAUUUCGUCAUAAAGGAGGCGUUAUAUGUUGGGUUUCGUCACAUAGAUACAUCGGUUUUCAAUUUAAACGAAAGACUAUUGGGAAAAGUGUUGAAAAAACUCAUGGAUGAAGGCAAAGUGGAGCGAUCAGAUUUAUUUAUUACCACAAAGCUUCCUCCUACAGCUAAUAAACCCGAAUUUGUUGAGACUGCAAUGCUACAAUCGUUGCAUAACUUACAACUGGAUUAUAUUGAUCUAUAUCUAAUACAGUUGCCCGUUACAUUAAUGCAUGACGAGAGUUUCGAAGUGAUAAAACGGCAAAAGGAUGGCUUAGUUUGCUUGGAUAAUACGGACCAUAUACUUGUUUGGAAGCAAAUGGAAGAUCUGGUCAUAAAAGGUUUGACAAAGUCAAUUGGUUUGGCUAAUUUCAACCAAAAUCAAAUCACCAAUAUACUAUGUAAUUGCAGUAUUCCACCUGCUGUUCUACAGAUCGAAUAUCACAUAUAUCUACAACAACCCGAAUUACUGAAAUUUUGUCAGUUACAUAAUAUUACAAUAACAUCAUUUGCCUCACUCGGUACGCAUGAUAUGCUGUCUUCCAAUUAUUUUAUGACUAAACGCACGCGUUUGCCGAGCUUGCUGGAAGUGCCCGAAGUGAAAGAAAUCGCUAAAAAAUAUAACAAGACCGAAUCCCAAAUACUUAUGCGUUGGAUUUUAGAGAAGCAUGUCUCGGCUUUAUUGCGAAUGCACAACUCCGGUCGUAUGCAUGAAAUUAUGGGCAUAUUUGAGUUUUCCAUCGGGAGUCAUGAUAUAAGAAAACUGGAUGCGUUAGAUAGAAACAUACGUACUGUAGACUUUGGCUUUUUGAAUGGCAUAGAAAAUCAUCCUCAGUAUCCUUUCUAGAUAAAAUGUACAUUGGGUAUAAAAUAAUAUCAAAUAAAUUAUACUUAAUAAUUUGUUUAACA